AUGGCCGACUCUGACGCUUUGUUGAGUGAACUGUGCUCAAUAUGCCAUGUUAACCCCCCAAAAUACCGAUGCCCUCGCUGCUCAACGCGCACCUGCUCUCUUCCCUGUACACGACGUCACAAACUCUGGUCGCAAUGUUCCGGUGUACGUGAUCCAGCUGCCUAUCUGAAGCGCAGCGAGUUAGCCACAGAAUCUGCGUUCGACCGCGACUUCAAUUUUAUCACGGGCAUUGAGCGCAAUCUCGAGCGAGCGGAUAGAGAUGCCGAUAUUCGCGGUAUCGAUCUUUCGCGUGGUAUCCAGGGCGAUGAUUCCGGCGAUGGCUCUCAUGGUCUGAACGAUGGACGUAAGAGGAAACACCCGCGUCAGGGCCUUGUCAAAGGAGAAGCUGGUUUCUUGCGCGCUGCCGAGGCUGGAGGUGUCAAUGUCAUCCGGGCUCCGAGGGGAAUGUCGCGCAGUAAGCAAAAUGGGUCGCGGUUACAUCCUAAACAUAAAUGUCUUGCGUGGACCGUGGAGUGGAUUGCAGGUGAUGGAGUGAAGACCGUUCGGAAUGCCAUUGUCGAUACAUGUUCUAUCUCCGAGGCUUAUGACCGUUCCAUUCCACGUUCGAAGGACCAAGGUACUUCCGAAUCAGUCAAGGAAAAGAGCGAAGGACAAAUGAACUUGAAUUCUCCGAAUAAUACCAAGGAAAGCGGAGUUACCGACACACGCAGUGAAUCCGCCACGGCAGCUGUCGAACCGGAAGAUACGAAAUUACACCAAGCUUCGGUUCCUAGAUCAACAGAGACACCCGCAGACACAACUACCGACGUGAUAGAGCAGCCACUUAAACAUAGCACUACUCACCGCGAACUCUACUUCUAUCUCCACCGUCCACGAACCACCACCAAAAAGCCAGUUCUAGCUCCAGUAUCGCCAUCCUCAACUUUGAAUGAAGUCCUCCGUGGUCGAACGGUUCUCGAGUUUCCUACGAUAUACGCCCUCCCGGACUCUCCAAAGACACUUGCAGGACAAGAUAUGUCUCCAUUCAUUUUGGAAGAAGAGUAUCUCCGAACUGCGGGACCAGAAGAGAUCGGCCAGUCCACCGCAAGCGACGAGGAUGAUGUAGCUGGAAAUGUAACCUUACCUGGCUCCGCUGUGAAUUUGCAAGAUGUCGACGAAAAGCAAGUGCUGGAGGUCUUGAAGCAGGAUCUGUUUGAGGAAGUCCCGGUAACUGAGCGCCCAGUAUGA